GGCUCCCUGACUUUUGGAGUCUCUAGUCUGUCAUCUGGCUCGCUCUUCCGGUUUGCAACACACCCAGCCCAGACUCUAUAUGGGGACAGCUGGGUGCGUGCCGGAACGGGCCGGUUUACUCUUAACUACAGAUUUGAGAAAGUUUCGUAGUGAACGGAGGGGAAAACACCUCUUUUAAUUGCUCUGAGAAUUGCUGCCAAAGGGACGCGGCAGACCUAUUUCAGGAGACUGGAAGGAGCAGGGAACGGGCAAUGUCCGCCAUCUUGGUGAAGGCGAAGGGAGGAUCCGGGAGCUCCGCGAUGGUCGGCUCUGCCGGCUCAAAUGCGUCGUAUUAAUAAAGAGAAAAGGAAAGUUGAACCUUUCUUGCGCCCCACCCUUCAUACACACCCCUUCUCUCCACCCCGCGACCAACACUAAACUCUUGGGCAAUUCGCCUGCAUCGAUUGUUAAGCCGCUGCUUGAAGGAAACUUAGCAGCCGGUGCCUAAGAACAGGUUUAAAACAGCACCGAAUGAGGGGGCAAGGGAAAUGCCGACCAAUUGCGCUGCAGCAGGCUGUGCUACUACCUACAACAAGCACAUUAACAUCAGCUUCCACAGGUUUCCCUUGGAUCCUAAAAGAAGAAAAGAAUGGGUUCGCCUGGUUAGGCGCAAAAAUUUUGUGCCAGGAAAACACACUUUUCUUUGUUCAAAGCACUUUGAAGCCUCCUGUUUUGACCUAACAGGACAAACUCGACGACUUAAAAUGGAUGCUGUUCCAACCAUUUUUGAUUUUUGUACCCAUAUAAAGUCUAUGGAACUAAAGUCAAGAAAUCUUUUGAAGAAAAACAACAAUUGUUCUCCCCCUGGACCAUCUAAUUUAAAAUCAAAUAUUAGUAGUCAACAAGUACUGCUUGAACACAGUUAUGCCUUUAGGAAUCCUAUGGAAGCGAAAAAGAGGAUAAUUAAGCUGGAAAAAGAAAUAGCCAGCUUAAGAAGAAAAAUGAAAAUUUGCCUACAAAAAGAACGUAGAGCAACUCGAAGAUGGAUUAAAGCUACAUGCUUGAAGAAAAAUUUAGAAUCAAAUAACAUAUUACCUAAGGGCACAUCAGAACACAUUUUUCCAACUGCCUUAAGCAGUCUUCCUUUGGAAGAUUUCAAUAUUCUUGAACAACAUCAACAAGAUAAAAUAUUACCAAUUCUCUAAAUCUAAAAAAAUACCAAGAGUACCUUCACUUAAGUGUCUUGCACAGAACUUGAAGCCCGUCCACUGUUCUUUUCAGAGGUAAAGAUAUUUAUGGCAAAAUUGAGUAUUUAAUAAAGUUUUACUUGAAGUAACACUAUUACUAUAUAAUUUAUGAAGAUGACUACCAAAUCUUUUUAUGCAACUUUUAUUUGAGAAUGAAUGGAAGUGCCUUACAUGAGAAUUACAUACUUAGAAAUUUUGCUAGGAAGUUAUGUUUGCAAGGUUUCUUUGUUUGUCUUUUAAACUACUGUUAAAAACAGCCUAUCACAUGUAUUAUGUUUAUAUUUUAAAACAAAUGUUUUCUUGUACCAAAGUUGAGGUAUUACGCUCUAAAUAAGAUGCCAGCUACUAAUUAAUCACAUUAAUUGUGACCUUAAAACUCCUGUGUUCUGUUUUAUUGGCACUACACUUUCAAAAUUUAUAGAAGAAAGCUUGAGCUACAGAUGAAGUUAUUUAAACUUUCUGUAUGCCUUUUACCAUUAAAAGUAAGCUUAUCAUGGCUUUUCUUAUAAGAAUAUUAGAUCUAAAAAUGAGUUGUAAAAGUUUUGAAAAUAAUAAAGUACCUUUGAAUCUUUCAAACUAGGUAAGGCUUUAUGUACCUCAGACUACUAAAAACUAGUAGCUAAUCAUACUCAGCUUCUAAGAAAAUGUAUUGUGAAAUAAUUCAAAGUUCAGAAUCUAGCUUUUACCUUAAUAAAACAUGUUUGUACUAGUCUUCCUUACAACAAAAUUACUGAAUUUCCAACUUCACAGCUGAUACAUUAAUCAGCAAACAUAUUACCAAGUUUCUUGUUAGGCAUACCCCUCAGCUUCAUGUGUUUUGUUGCCCUUAACUGCUUUUAUCUCAGAAAUAACAUAUAAAUAUAGUAAAUUACUCUACCCCUUUAUCCACCCAGAAAAAUUUAAUCAAGAAGUACUUACUAUAUUGUAUCUUAAUAAUUACAACUUAAAUUAUAAUCAAUUUAUCUUACACAUAGAUUUCUUUUUCCCUCUCUUUCUUCCUCUCUCUUUAAUGAUUCAAACAGAACAACCAUAAUACAUAAGGGAAAUGAAAUGUAUUCUUUUUGUCGGGGGAGGACUGGUACCGGAGAUUGAACUCAGGACCUUGCGCUUGAGAGGCAAGGCGACGGAACUACAGCUAAAUCCCUGGUCCCUGAAAUGUAUUCUUUAUAAAAAAUACAUCUGUCUGUGAUAAAACUAUGCAAAUAGUAAUUAUUUUAUAAAAUACAAGUAUCAGAACCAUUCCUAUGGUUGCAUUUGUUUUUUGGUACUGGGGAUCAAACUCAGGUCCUUGAGGCUGUGAGGCAGGCACAGGAACCACUGAGCUAAAUCCCCAGCCCUCCUAUGGUUGCAUUUGAAUUAAAAGACUUGCCUUAUUUCACCAAAUGUAUAAGAACCCUCUCCUCCAAAAAGCUUUGAUAAAAUAUAAAAAUUUAAUGAUAUAAUCAAGUUAUUUAAUCCCACUUUGUAAUAUUACCAUAUGAAAAUAGCAUAUACCUAAUCAUAAAUUACUGUAAAUCUUUCCUAUAAAGAUAGGGCCUUUUUUGCCAACUGUUUGGAUAGCCUCUUUUUUCUUUUAAAUGGGAUUUGCUUAGGUCCUACCAGCAAUCUUUUUAUAGUAUUAGCACUUUUUCUUUUGUACUGGGGAUUGAACCUAGAGCCUCACACAUUGAACCAGAGCAACCAAGUCCUUGGUCACUGAGCUACAUCCCCAGUGCUUAUUUUAUUUUCAAACAGGGUCUCACUAGGUUGCCCAGACUAUUCUUCAACUUGAAGUCUUUCUGCCUCUGCAUCCUGAACGCUAGGAUGGCAGAUUACAGGCAUGGACCACCAUUCUCUCUAGUAAGGAAUGUCUUCCAAGCAAAUGCAAAAGUGGGAAAGUUGCUUUUAGUUCACGUGAGAUGUUUAUAACAAAUAUUUAUGAAAAUCCUUUGCAGAUGAUACAAACCUUGUUAAGUGCUUUUAUCUUAAGUAUUGGAUAUAAUUGCUUAGAAUUAUGACUGCAUAUUUUUUCUAGUAUGAUUUCAAAUACCUUUAUAUAAUCUUACAUACCAGUAUAUAAUCAUGAGCAAACAUACACUGGUCAUACCUACAUUGUAAUUCAAAAUACAUUAGGCCAAUAAUCAUUUAAACAUGUAAUAUUUUCCAAGUAUAAACUUUCAUGUAGUUUAUCCUCUACCCUAAAUAUUAAACACUAAUUAAUGCAGCCUAGUUUCUAUCUACAACUUUCUUCAUAUCUUAAACCAAAAACAAUAAGCUUUUACAAAGUUACUUUGUCUUCAUUGAUUAUUUGAUAUCAUUGAAGUAAGUACCCCUCAGUAAUUUUAAACAUUUUUUGUGUUUUCUGUGUCAUUUUCUUGUUACUGUCCUGAUAACAUACUCUGAAUCCUCCCUGUGUCAAAUUAUUUUUGUUUUGUUUUGUUCUUUGAUACCAGGGAUCGAAAUUGGGAACUUGCACUUGCACAGCA